AUGGUGGACGCCUGCAUGCGCUGCCUCCUGGAGACCGGCUGGCUCAACUUCCGGAUGCGCUGCAUGCUUGUCUCCUUCGCGGUGUACAACCUCUGGCUGGACUGGCGCGCCGUGGCGGCGCACAUGGCGCGCUGCUUUCUGGACUACGAGCCUGGCAUCCACUAUUCGUUGCAGAUGCAGGCCGGCACGACCGGCGUGGACCUGCGCUGCUACAGCGCCACCAAGCAGGCCAAGGAGCAGGACCCGCAGGCCGAGUUCGUGCGCAGGUACGUGCCCGAGCUGCGCGCCGCGCCCUCCCCGGCGGCGGCGCUGGAGCCCUGGCGCCGUGGGGCUGCGGAGGCGCUGGCGGGCUGCGGCUACCCCACGAGGAUCGGGAUCGUGGACGAGGUGAAGACAGCCAAGGUCAGCAGGGCGGUGGUGUCGGCGCUGCAGAAGUGGUGGCAGGGCGGCGGACAGGCGCCCGACAGGCCCGACGUCCAGGGCCUCGGGGGGCGUGCGCGGGAGGCCGCGGACGGGCUCCGGGCCGCGGGUGGCCGCGGCCCGGCGGCCGGCGACGCUGCGGCGCAGCGGCCAGCGGCGCGGCGGAAGAGGCCCGCGGCUGGCGGAACGGCGGCGCGGCGCAGGACGUCAUGGCGCUGCUGGCGGGGGGCGGCCGGGCCGGGGCGGCCAAGAGGGUGGGCUCCGAGGCGGCUGGCGAGCCGCAGGCGCCGCGCAAGGCGCCCAGGGCGGGCAUGAAGCCCGAGCGCGGCGCGUCGGCACGCCGGGCGCGUCGGCAGGCGGCGUUCCGUGGCAGUGCCCACGCUGCGCGCUGCUGAACGAGGGGGGUGUCGCUGUGCGUGGCGUGCGAGCUGCCGCGGGGGGCCUGGGGACACCCUGCCCGCGCGCGGCGCAGUGAUAGACCUGGACUGACGCACCGGGUGGCGCGGGCCCGCAGAUUUUCGAGGGCGGGGGAAGUGUGGGCCACCACCUACCAUUCCACCCCAACCCAACCCGAAGGCCUCAAUUUGCCC